CUCCGCUUCUCCUCUCCCCAAUCAAACCCUAACCCAACGCUUGCUCCCCCGGCCCCUCUCCCUCCGGCGAGAUCGAUCGAACCAUUCCAGGAUGAGUGAGCGAGAUGCGCAUGGGAGGACCAACGGCAGCGCGGCCGCGAGCAUCGACUCGUUCUCGCAGCUGCCGUUCAUCCGUCCGGCACGGGAGAAGCAGCACCUGCAGCCGCCAGGCUCCGGGACGGCAGGUAUCCGGCUGUUCGGGUUCGACGUCCCUCCGGACGCCACCACGGCCUCCUCCACAGACGCCAAAGAAGCCAACGUCAAAGAAAUCACUGCCAACGCUGCCACCACUGCUAAGGAUGCGGCUGCCGAAACGGCGGCAGGUGCGGGUGCAAGCGGCGACAGCGGAGGGAGCCGAAAGUUCGAGUGCCACUACUGCUGCCGGAACUUCCCGACGUCGCAGGCGCUGGGCGGGCACCAGAACGCGCACAAGCGGGAGCGGCAGCACGCGAAGCGCGCGCAGUUCCAGACCGACAUGGCCAUGCACCACGGCCAGUACUACUACUACCCGCUCUCGGACCCCGCCCACCUCUACCACCCCACCUUCGCCGCCUACCAGCAGCACCACCGCUUGGCCGCAGCGCCGCCGCCGCCGCCGGCGCACUACCCCUCGUGGGCAGGCGCCAGGUACUACAGCGGGCCCGGGUCCAUCUCGCAGCCGAUCAACGGCAACCCGGUGACGCCGUCCGCGAUGUGGCGGGUCCCCUCAGGCGGCGUCGGCGUCGGGACACCGUUGGCCGCGCGACAUCAAGAUCUGCCGGCGCCACCUCUGCAGGUGCUCAGAGGUGAGGAGCCAGUGGUGGUGGGAGGAUCUGGCACGACGUCGUUCUCGUCGUCGUCAUCGUCGGCUUCCCCUCAUAAGCGCCCCGCCCCGCCGGAGCGUAAAGAGAAUGUGAGUUUGGAUCUGAGCUUGUAGUCGAGAAAUGAUAUGGCCGGUGACAGACUUAUAAUUGUUUCUUUUUCACAAAAAAAAAAAAAUGAGUGCCCUCUCUUUUUUUUGGCCUCCUCUCUCACGCUUGGAAGUUUGAAUCAUCUAGUUCAGGAUCAAAUCAAUACCGAUUAUGGUACUGCUCACUGCUCGAUCAGGUGAUAACAAUACAUCAUAUCUCUCUCAGCCAUUUAUCUGCACUUUUGCAGCUGUUCAAUUCAUCUUGAGCGUUUCUUGUAGCUGAAAUUGGUACUGAAAAGACGGAGUACUAGAGGUGGCAAAAGGAGUUAGUAUUUUAACAAUAUGAUUUUGGCUCCUGAAUUUUGAAUCGAUAAUCAGAAAUUUUGCAGGAGUGCACCCGCAUGCAUAGAGCUUCGUUUCUUGAAAGAUUAGAACUAGAAUUUCCAAGCACAGCAUAAUUCAAGUAAACUGGGCCCGUUAUUUUCUCUAAAGAAAAUCCUGGCGCUACAAUUAACCUGCAUCCAUUUCCAGAUAUUCUGCAAUUCGAAUAUGAAUGCAUUAAUUUCCAAACUCCAUUCCUACUAUAUUUUAUAUUUGAAAAAUGCCUUUCUUCAUUGUAAAUUUCGUUUCUCAGAGCCAAAA